GUAACUUGUCAACAGAGAACAAUUUUGCGGUUGCAUCCUUUUUAUUUAUUUUAAAAUAAACAUACGACAAUAAAUGUAUUUAAUAGUUCAUAAUAAUAGUAUUCAUAAUCUUGUAGGUUUGCCAUAAGAUAAAAAAUAUAAAAUUAUAAAAAAUAAGUUGAUGUACGUCGGCAAAAAUCAUGUAUUCAUUUCGUAGGUAAUAAUCGAAAUAACAUAAAUAUUCUACUUUAUUGUUAAUGUAAAGCCAUGGAGAUUCCUGCGUUGUAUGAUUUCUGCAUGUAUGGGGCCAUAAUUGUGGUCGCCGGAUUUGUCGGACUAGUUACACUACUACUAAAUUUCACAGAACCAUAUCCUAUUGUUGAGCGAUUCAAGGAAGAGGAGACUUACAAAGAUCCCAGAACUAAAUCCAAAGAUAAGUUUCCGACACUGGAAGAUCCAUCUGAAGUACAUUUAAGUGUAAUUGUUCCUGCUUACAACGAAGAAGAAAGAUUACCACCCAUGCUUGAAGAGGCCUUUGAGUUCUUAGAAACCAGAAGACAAAAUCAACCUGGGUAUAAAUAUGAAAUAAUAGUUGUGAGUGAUGGGAGUAAAGACAAGACAGUUAGUGUGACUCAAGAAUAUGUUGAGAAAUAUGGCUGUGACAAGAUAAGAUGCUUGGAACUGGUCAAAAAUAGAGGAAAAGGUGGUGCAGUGAAAUUGGGAAUAUUUAGCUGUAGAGGUGCAACAAUAUUAUUUGCGGAUGCAGAUGGCGCAUCUAAAUUUGAAGAUUUAACAAAACUUGAGAGUGCACUUAAAGAGAUAAGUAAGUGUGAUCCGCUCACACAACCAGAGUAUGUCAGUAUUGGCAAAGCUAUUGUCAUUGGCUCCAGGGCGCAUUUAGAAAAAGAGUCAUUAGCUAAAAGAAAUAUAUUUAGGAAUAUCCUCAUGUAUGGCUUCCAUUUCUUAGUGUGGUUGUUCACAGUGAAAGGUGUUAGAGACACUCAGUGUGGAUUCAAACUAUUUACAAGGAAAGCAGCUAGAACUUGCUUUGAAAGUCUUCAUGUGAAUAGAUGGGCAUUUGAUGUAGAAUUACUCUACAUAGCACAAAAAUUGAACAUUCCAAUUGUAGAAAUUCCAGUAAGAUGGACUGAAAUUGAAGGCUCCAAGGUUACACCAGUAUUGUCAUGGAUACAAAUGGGUGUUGACUUGGCUCUCAUUUGGCUCAAGUACACAAUUGGAGCUUGGAAAAUUAAAAACGUAUAAUUUAAGCACAAUAUAUCUUAACCAUGUAAGCUGUAUACUAUAUUUUAAUAAAUUGUAUUGCUUAA